AUGAAGACCCAGACCAAGAAGGAGAGUGAUGGAGUGCUGCAUCAGAUGACCUGGCCUCAAUCAUGGAGCCUCUAUUUGGACACAGAGACAGUGGAGCACAGAGAGCUACCCUGCCUGUGUGUCGGCCUGCAGGCUGCCUGUGUACCUGUGAUACUCAGUAACGGCUGGGAGAUGCCCUUCUCGGAGAUCAUCCACUGGAACACAGCAGCUGUGAUCGGGGACGAACGACUGCUACUUCAGAUUCCGUCUACGGUGCGUUCCAUUCACCAGGACAACAUCUUGUCUCUCAGACAGCAGACCCAGUUCCUGUGGGAGGCCUACUUCUCUUCUGUAGAGAGGAUAGUACUCACAACACUAGAGAUCAUCCAUGACCGGGUGCUCCAGCAUGCAGCCCGUAGUAACCUGAUGUGGAACAGUCUUCCCGGAGGUCUCUACUCCCUGCCUCAGUACUCCUCAUACUUGGGAGACUUCCCUUUCCACUAUGCCAAGCUAGGUAUCAAGCCUCGUCCCAAGUUCACGGCGAUCAUCCAUGCUGUGACUCCCCUGGUCUCCCAGUCUCAGCCCAUCCUCAAGCUACUGGUGGCUGUCGCCAAGUCCCAGCACUGUGUCCAGGUGAUCGUCCUAUGGAACUGUGACAAGCCCCUCCCGGCCAAACACCGCUGGCCUGCCACCGCCGUACCUGUCCUGGUCAUAGAUAGAGAGAGCAAGGUGAUGAGCAGUCGCUUCCUGCCCUAUGACACAAUACCAACAGACGCCGUUCUGAGUCUGGACGAGGAUACAGUUCUCUCUACUACUGAGGUGGACUUUGCUUUCACGGUGUGGCAGAGUUUCCCCGAGAGGAUUGUGGGAUACCCGGCCAGGAGUCAUUUCUGGGACAGCAACAAGGAGAGGUGGGGUUACACCUCCAAGUGGACCAACGACUACUCUAUGGUCCUGACAGGAGCUGCUAUAUAUCACAGAUAUUACCACUACCUGUAUACCAGUUACCUGCCGGCUAGUCUGAGGGACCUGGUGGACCAGCUGUCUAACUGUGAAGACAUCCUGAUGAACUUUCUGGUGUCAGCCGUCACCAAGCUGCCGCCCAUCAAGGUCACCCAGAAGAAACAGUACAAGGAGACUAUGAUGGUGCAGACCUCUAGAGCGUCUCGGUGGGCCGACCCAGACCACUUUGCCCAGCGACAGAGCUGCAUGAAUAAAUUUGCCAGCUGGUUUGGCAGCAUGCCCCUGGUGCACUCUAAUAUGCGUCUAGACCCGGUGUUGUUUAAAGACCAGGUGUCCAUACUGAGAAAGAAAUACAAGGACAUAGAGAGACUAUAACCAGCCUGAGACCCCUGCUGCCCCCUUGAAGGACAGGAGAGUAGAGGGAUGGGAGACACACAGAGACCCUCCCAGAGAGAAGGGAGGAACAGGAGAAGAAACGAGAGGAGAGGACAGGGCGCUGUGGAGCCAGGACGCCACGACCCUCCCAGAGAGAAGGGAGGAACAGGGAAGAAACGAGAGGAGAGGACAGGGCGCUGUGGAGCCAGGACGCCACGACACUCCCAGAGAGAAGGGAGGAACAGGGGAAGAAACGAGAGGAGAGGACAGGGCACUGUGGAGCCAGGACGCCACGGUAGACCCUCCCAGAGAGAAGGGAGGAACAGGGGAAGAAACGAGAGGAGAGGACAGGGCGCUGUGGAGCCAGGACGCCACGACCCUCCCAGAGAGAAGGGAGGAACAGGGAAGAAACGAGAGGAGAUGACAGGGCGCUGUGGAGCCAGGACCCUCCCAGGGUUGACCCUCCUAGAGAGAAGGGAGGAACAGGGGAAGAAACGAGAGGAGAGGACAGGGCACUGUGGAGCCAGGACGCCACGUCCCUCCCAGAGAGAAGAGAGGAACAGGGGAAGAAACGAGAGGAGAGGACAGGGCACUGUGGAGCCAGGACGCCACGAUUGACCCUCCCAGAGAGAAGGGAGGAACAGGGGAAGAAACGAGAGGAGAGGACAGGGCGCUGUGGAGCCAGGACGCCACGCGUCUUCCACCCACACUCUCCAUCCUUGUACGCUGUUGCUGGUGCCAACAGUGGUAACCGUGACAACCCAGGCUGUAUUUUGGUAGGAGCUGUACACAGACAGAAAACUAGUUCAUGCACAAAUGACAACAUGGACGUCUGGGGGUUCCACGUUCCACGUUCUUCCCCUCACAAGACCUGGUGAACCACUAUAAUCACACAGCCCUCACCUAGUCAGCCCCCACUAUAAUAACAAUAUAUACUAUCUAACACAACUGUUUAUGCAAAGAAACAAAAUUUUUACUUCUGGGUGGUCCCAGGAAUCGAACCCACUAUCAAGACUAACACCCACAGUCAUCAAUAAAGACUCUCUUCUUUGUCCAUCUUCAACUCUCAUUCACAUUAACAUGAUCCGAUUGAUUUGAGUUGACACACAUUCAUCAUCUUUAGAGUUAAAAGGACACUAAAGGGGGUUUUGGCAUCUACUGACCCAGAGUCAGAUGACGUCCUUUAUCUGCUGACCCAGAGUCAGAUGAAGCCCUUUAUCUACUGACCCAGAGUCAGAUGAGGUCCUUUAUCUACUGACCCAGAGUCAGAUGAGGCCCUUUAUCUACUGACCCAGAGUCAGAUGAAGCCCUUUAUCUACUGACCCAGAGUCAGAUGAGGUCCUUUAUCUACUGACCCAGAGUCAGAUGAAGCCCUUUAUCUACUGACCCAGAGUCAGAUGAGGCCCUUUAUCUACUGACCCAGAUUCAGAUGAGGUCCUUUAUCUACUGACCCAGAGUCAGAUGAGGCCCUUUAUCGACUGACCCAGAGUCAGAUGAGGCCCUUUACCAACUGAUCCAGAGUCAGAUGAAGCCCUUUAUCUACUGAUCCAGUCAGAUGAAGCCCUUUAUCUACUGACCCAGAGUCAGAUGAGGUCCUCUAUCUACUGACCCAGAGUCAGAUGAACUCGUAGAUUCCAUCUUUAUGUCUCUGUGUCCAGUAUGAAGGAAGUUAAGAGGUAGUUCCGUGAGCCAAUGCUAAUUAGCAUUAGCGCAAUGAAUGGAAGUCUAUGGGUAUCUGCUAGCAUGCUAGCAGGGACAUGGCUAGUCUUUACUUGAUCUGAGGGAGCGGUGUACAUCUUUAUAGAUUCAUUAUUAAUGUGACAUGUAUAUUAUCGUGCCAACAGUUCAAUGUUUUAAUGUUCAAUGAUUUCACAUCCCUGUUCCCUUGUUUUGAUAAGAUAAAAGUCCCCCCUUCCAUUGAGGGUGAGGGCUGUGUGACUGUAUGGUGAGGGCUGUGACUGUAGGUGAGGGCUGUGUGACUGUAUGGUGAGGGCUGUGUGACUGUAGGUGAGGGCUGUGUGACUGUAGGUGAGGGCUGUGUGACUGUAUGGUGAGGGCUGUGUGACUAUGUGAGGGCUGUGUGACUGUAGGUGAGGGCUGUGUGACUGUAUGUGAGGGCUGUGUGACUGUAGGUGAGGGCUGUGUGACUGUAUGUGAGGGCUGUGUGACUGUAUGUGAGGGCUGUGUGACUGUAGGUGAGGGCUGUGUGACUGUAGGUGAGGGCUGUGUGACUGUAUGUGAGGGCUAUGUGACUGUAGGUGAGGGCUGUGUGACUGUAGGUGAGGGCUGUGUGACUGUAGGUGAGGGCUAUGUGACUGUAGGUGAGUGCUGUGUGACUGUAGGUGAGGGCUGUGUGACUGUAGGUGAGGGCUGUGUGACUGUAGGUGAGGGCUGUGUGACUGUAUGUGAGGGCUGUGUGACUGUAUGUGAGGGCUGUGUGACUGUAUGUGAGGGCUGUGUGACUGGAGGUGAGGGCUGUGUGACUGUAGGUGAGGGCUGUGUGACUGUAUGUGAGGGCUGUGUGACUGUAGGUGAGGGCUGUGUGACUGUAGGUGAGGGCUGUGUGACUGUAUGGUGUGUGACUAGGUGAGGGCUGUGUGACUGUAGGUGAGGGCUGUGUGACUAGGUGAGGGCUGUGUGACUGUAGGUGAGGGCUGUGUGACUGUAGGUGAGGGCUGUGUGACUAGGGUAAGCUGUGUGACUGUAGGUGAGGGCUGUGUGACUGUAUGUGAGGGCUGUGUGACUAGGUGAGGGCUGUGUGACUGUAUGGUGUGUGACUAGGUGAGGACUGUGUGACUGUAGGUGAGGGCUGUGUGACUGUAGGUGAGGGCUGUGUGACUAGGUGAAGCUGUGUGACUGUAGGUGAGGGCUGUGUGACUGUAGGUGAGGGCUGUGUGACUAGGUGAGGGCUGUGUGACUGUAUGGUGAGGGCUGUGUGACUGUAGGUGAAGCUGUGUGACUGUAGGUGAGAGCUGUGUGACUGUAGGUGAGGGCUGUGUGACUGUAGGUGAGGGCUGUGUGACUGUAGGUGAGGGCUGUGUGACUGUAGGUGAGGGCUGUGUGACUGUAGGUGAGGGCUGUGUGACUAGAUGAGAACUGUGUGGUGUGACUAGUGUGACUGUGUGGUGUGACUAGUGUGACUGUGUGGUGUGACUGUGUAGUGUGACACUGUGUGGUGUGACUGUGUGGUGUGACUGUGUGGUGUGACUGUGUAGUGUGACUGUAGUGUGACACUGUGUGGUGUGACUGUGUAGUGUGAUUGUGUGUGGUGUGACUGUAGUGUGACUGUGUGGUGUGACUGUAGUGUGACUGUGUGUGGUGUGACUGUGUAGUGUGAUUGUAUAUGGUGUGACUGUGUAGUGUGACUGUGUGUGGUGUGACUGUAGUGUGACUGUAGUGUGACUGUGUAGUGUGAUUGUAUAUGGUGUGACUGUAGUGUGACUGUGUGGUGUGACUGUAGUGUGACUGUGUGUGGUGUGACUGUGUAGUGUGACUGUGUGGUGUGACUGUGUAGUGUGACUGUAUGGUGUGACUGUGUGGUGUGACUGUGUAGUGUGACUGUGUGAGGUGUGACUGUGUUGUGUGACUGUGUAGUGUGACUGUGUGAGGUGUGACUGUGUUGUGUGACUGUGUAGUGUGACUGUGUUAAUUCUCAUGGUGCAAUAUGUGUUUGAGCUGAAAUCUAAUCUCUCUCUGAUCCUGUUCUCAUUCUGGGAUGUGUCCCAAAUGUCACCCUACUCCCUAUGGGCCCUGGUCAACUGGCCCCCUAUUCCCUAUGGGCCCUGAUCAAAUGGUACCCUAUUCCCUAUGUGCCCUAUUCCCUAUGGGCCCUGUUCAAAUGGCACACUAUUCCCUGUGGGCCCUAUUCCCUAUGGGCCCUGUUCAAAUGGCACACUAUUCCCUGUGGGCCCUAUUCCCUAUGGGCCCUGUUCAAAUGGUAGCCUAUUCCCGAUGGGCCCUGUUCAAAUGGUACCCUAUUCCCUAUGGGCCCUAUUCCCUAUGGGCCCUGUUCAAAUGGUAGCCUAUUCCCUAUGGGCCCUGUUCAAAUGGUACCCUAUUCCCUAUGGGCCCUAUUCCCUAGGGGCCCUAUUCCCUAUGGGCCCUAUUCCCUAUGGGCCCUGGUCAAAGGUAGUGCACUAUAAAGGGAAUCGGGUGCCAUUUGGGAUGCAAGCCUCUGAUUCCCCUGUUGCUGUUCUAGGAUGAAAUGAAUGUGCCUUUUAAAGAAAAGCCACUUCAGAAUGAUUGUAUUGUUGCCUUUAACAGAGGAGUUCCCAUUUUAGUAAAGAUCUCUCUGUGUCCCCAGUAACACUGACUGGUACAGUAGCUGGUGUUUAGGUGACCUUGUCGUCUAAACACUGAACGUGACUCCAUCUGAUCUGUAACAGACAGAUUCCUGCCUGUGUUUCGUAGGAACAUGACGGAGCCUCUGUCGGUUCAAUCACAGUCUUGGUCCCAGAUCUGUUUGUAGUGUCUUGCCAACUCCUGUUAUGAUCAUUGUAGCGCAGCACAAACUGAUCUGAGACCAGGCUAAUUCACAGACACUUUCCUUCCUGCCUGUUCUCUUCCUCCACCCUGGUCAUUUACAGACAUCAUUUCUAUAGAGAUUAAGAUUCCAAUAGAAACAUCAACAUUUUGUAAAGUGAUUUUAUAAAAGAACUAAACAAAUAUUUGAUA